AACGCUAAGAACAGGAAAAGACGGAAGCCGAGUUGGGUCUUAAAAACGCGUUGAGAAAUGGCGGCUGCUGAAGACACAAACAGUACACAAAACCCCAGUGGUUCAGAUGCUCCGAAGCUGUCGGAUUUACUGGAUCGGGGUUGGAAGCUGUAUGAUGAGGUGGACACCACGCAUGAGUCGAGCAGCUCCACCGCGGUGCAGGUGAAAGUGAAGCGCGCCAUCGUGCAACUGGAGGAGGCGACGAGGAUGGUCAAUCAGCUGAACCUGUUCAGUCAUAAUGAGGCCCUGGAGGAGAUCUCCACAACCGACCUGAAGUACCUGCUGUUGCCGGCUCUGCUGGGAGCGCUCACCAUGAAACAAGUGAACCCCAGCAAGCGGCUGGAGCAUGUGCAGGCGGCCCACGUCUACUUCAGGGACUUCCUCCAGAGGUGCAAGGACUAUGACAUAUGUAGCUUUCAGCUGCCCAGAGCCAGUGAGAACACAACAGAUACUCCUACUGAGGAGCGCAUGAAUCCAUCAGUCCCCAUGCCAAUGUCACAGCCAGACCUUAUCGCCAUGGCAACACAAAGACAAGCCAAAAUCGAGAGGUUUAAUCAGCGUAAGGAGACAGAAGCCAAGCUGAGUGAGAUCAGGGGACUAGUUGAAUCGGGUUCAGCUGAUGAAGAGGUGGUGAGAGAUUUUUACCUGCUGCACGUGCGCAGGUGGGUGACACUAGCCCUCGAGGAGAUCGACUCCAUCAACCAGGAGAUCGAGAUCCUGAAACGCAUGGAGCUUUUCAAGCAGAGCAACCCCCAGCCAUCCCCACCCAAAAGACCGCCCAUGAAGCCUUUUAUCCUGACUAAGGAUGCUAUGCAGGCGAAAGUGUUUGGUGAGGGAUAUCCCAGCCUUCCCACCAUGACAGUGGACGAUUGGUAUGACCAACACCGACGGCAAGGAUGUUUACCUGACCAGGGCAUACCACGCAGCGCAGCAGAUGGCGAUGCAGAGGAGGAUGAGAGAGCUGAGAGAGAGAGGAAGGAAGAGAACGAUGAUGAAGAGGCACUGCAGAAGGCACGUGACUGGGACAACUGGAAGGACACACACCGGAGAGGAUAUGGCAACCGCAAGAACAUGGGCUGAUCUAAUCUCAUACACGCACGCAGACGCACACACACACACGCAUCCUUUCGGUUCCCACAAAUAAACAUCCCAAUGCUGCCAAUGUGACAUGGACACAACAGAGAGUGGCGCUGUAGUGGUUAGCUAAUUUGGUUACUUUUUUUCUAAACAGAUUUAGCAUAGUUGACAUUCUUUUAAAUGUCUUUAAAUAAAUCUUAAAUGAGACCUUAAGCCCCUGGGCAUCUGUAGAGAUGGAUGUUUGGGCGUCCUUGCAUCGCUCCACAUCACUCUUUCCCACAUGAUUAAAUGUUUGCCUUUUCAUGGA